GGGGCGGAGCUGGAGCGGCCGCGGCUCGGCUCCGCUCCCGGCCCUGCACCUGUGACUCCCGCAGGCUGAGCUCGCCCUUGCGCCCGGCGCCCGCCGCCCGCCGCCCGCCGCCCGCCGCCCAUGGCCCCGUCUCGCAGGCAGCUCGGCCUCCGCGCCGCCUACGCCGGCCUCAGCUCCGUGGCCGGCUUCUCCAUCUUCAUCGUGUGGACGGUGGUGUACAGCCAGCCGUGGACGGCGGCCAUGGGGGGACUCGCAGGUGUGCUGGCCCUGUGGGUCCUGGUGACGCACGUCAUGUACCUGCAGGAUUACUGGAGGACCUGGCUCAAGGGGCUGCGUGGCUUCUUCUUUGUGGGCGUCCUCUUCGCCGCCGUCUCCAUCGCCACCUUCUGCAACUUCCUCGUCCUGGCCAUCACCCGGCACCAGAGCCUCCGGUACCCCCGGUCCCAGCAGGACGUCUCCUUCCCCGCUUCAGUCCACAUCACCAGCCCGUAUCUGGCCAGCGCUCCGCUGGCGCCACGGCACCUGCCUCCCCGCCAGAGGAGGGGGCAUGGCGUUACCUGGGCGGGACUUGGGGUUUGGGCCUGGAGGGGGUUUUGAGCCCCAGCCGGCUCUGCUCAGGCCCUGCGGGACGUCGGAGCUCGAGGGGCCGUCUGCACCUCUGUCUUCCACUCGGGGCCCCUAGCCCAGGCUGGGAGGCCCCCCAAACCCAGUCCCUGGGCCUCAAGGCUAGGGAGGGGCCGGGCGGCAUGAUGGGGAGAUGGGGAGGGCGAGGCGGACCAAGAGAGGCGAGGAAGGCAGAGAGAGUCUCAAGAGGCUGGAGGAAGAGAAAGAGAGACAGAGAGAGAGGGAGAGAAGGGAGGAGAAAACAGAAGCAAAAACAGUUGGAAAAAUCAGAAAGUGGCAAGAAAUGGGAAGUUGUGAAUAGGGCGCUGACUGGCUCCCCACAGUCCCCCCUAUAGCUACAGCUCCCCUUUCCCUCCGGAACUGGGCCUCCAUCCCCAUCCUGCCUCCACACCUGGCCGGGCAACCACUGCAGGGACCUUUCAGGCACGGCGGGCACUGCUAGGGAGGCAGGAGCCCCCCACGCAGGAGGGAGGGAGGAACGUGGGGCGUGGGAGGGACGUGCCCGAGUCCCCAAGGACACCGGAGGCACCCACAGCCCCAGCCCAGGCAGCCCAGACUCUGCCUGGGAGCUCCCUCGGUGAAUGGCCAGUCCCGACCCCUGGGGUCAUAUGAAGGGAGAUGGACUCGGCCCUGCUCUCUGAGCCUCCCUCGACAUUGACCCAGCGCCUUCUCGGUGUGAGGCACAGGCUCCACACUUAGGAGAUACUGGUGGGCUGGCUGAGGACAGAUCUGCCCAGAAGGCGCUGCUAGCCAGCAGAGGGGCAUUAUGGGACAGUCCCUGGCCCACUGGGUCUGGCAGAACCACAAGAACAAGCAGGCAGGGCGGGGCCCGGGGGGAGUGGAAAGGAGCCUGAGAGCCCGUGGCGAUGCCUGCUCGAGAACCCCGGGCACACUUACCCCAACCCCGCCACAGGGCAGCAUCACAAAUACCCGCUGUGCCAGGAGCCCUGCGGAGAGAGGCCGGGGUGUGGGAGCUGAAGCCUCGCAGCUCUGGCCUGGCCAGGACACAGAGGCCCCGGAACGAGGGCCGGGGUGGGUGCACGGGCGAGGG